AUGGAGGAAAUUAGAAGAGCAAUGCACAAUAUUCCCCUUGCAUUAGCCCUUGCAGCUUUGAUCUUAGCAUCCUUCAUGGCUACUGAAGUUGAUGGAUAUCGACCUCUGUACGAUGCUCCUGAAGGUCCUGAUCCUAUCCAUAAUGAAGAAAGGUUUAACUUUAAGCCUAUGCACGAUGCACCUGAAGGUCCUGAUCCUAUCCAUAACGAUGCAUACUUUAAGCCUAUGCACGAUGCACCUGAAGGUCCUGAUCCUAUCCAUAACGAUGCAUACUUUAAGCCUCUGCACGAUGCUCCUGAAGAUCCUAAUCCUAUCAACAACGGAGAGGGGUUUAACUUUAAGCCUAUGCACGAUACUCCUGAAGGUCCUAAUCCUAUCAACAACGGAGAGGGGUUUAACUUUAAGCCUCUGCACGAUACUCCUGAAGGUCCUAAUCCUAUCAACAACGGAGAGGAGUUUAACUUUAAGCCUUUGCACGAUACUCCUGAAGGUCCUAAUCCUAUCAACAACUAA